AUGUCUACUCUUCGCUACCUGCUUGUGCUUGACUUCGAGGCGACCUGUGACAACACAAAUCGUAUAGUGCCUAGGCAGGAGAUGGAAGUGAUCGAGUUCCCGACCAUCUUGUACGAUAUCGAGCAAGACAAGGUGGAAGCCGUCUUCCACGAAUACGUCCGGCCCACUCUCCAUCCCACUUUGACCCCGUUCUGCACUGACCUCACUGGUAUACAGCAGGCCACGGUCGAUUCUGCGGCACCCUUUCCAGACGUAUGGGAACGCUACCAAGAGUUUCUUCGGACGCACGGCGUCGUCGACUCGCCGUCUUCUGCCAUAUACCUGACUUGCGGCGACUGGGACCUCAAGACGAUGCUCCCAAUGCAGCUCCGUUUGAGCAAGCUGCUCGAGUCCUCGUCAACUCCCUCCGGCACCCUCGUCGCACCUUACGACCGAUGGAUCAACAUCAAAAACUCAUAUCGACGGUUUCACGACCUGAAGUACCCCAAGGGCAUGGCGAGCAUGCUCACCCAUGCGAAGAUGGAGCUGGAGGGCCGACACCACUCGGGCAUCGACGAUUGCAAAAACAUCUUGCGACUCGUACAGAGGAUGCGGCAGGAUGGGUGGAAGCCCGAGGACGACCUGCUGCCUCAGGGAAAGUCCCAAUAG